CUCCUCACGCGCACUUCGGUUCCUAUCCUCCUCCACCACCUCAUAUACCUCCCGCCCUCAGCAAUGCGGUGACCUCAACCUCACCCUCCAGACCACCACCCACCACCGCCGCGAUGAAGGAUCCGUUCCCCAUCGCUCCACCGGAAGCGCUCAUCAACCUCACCCAACCCAUCGCAACCGCACUCUCCCUCCCGACGCUCCCCCUCCACGUCCACGAAGUCAUUUUCGCCUUCUUCUUCUACAACUUCGUCAACGUCGUCCUCUCGCCAUGGCUCUCCCGGACUUUCUUCCCUUCCACCUACACCUCCUUCAAUCGACGCACACGCAUCAACUGGGAUGUCCACGUGGUGUCCUUCUUCCAGUCCGUCAUCAUCUGCGCGCUGUCGCUGUACGUCAUCUGGUUCGAUGAGGAGCGGAAAGAGACGAGACCGAGGGAGGCGUGGGAGCAGAGGAUUUGGGAGUACAGCGGACUGAGCGGGUUGCUGCAGAGUUUCGCGUUGGGUUACUUUUUGUGGGACUUUAUCAUGUGUACGGUGCAUGUGGACAUUUUCGGGUGGGGUAUGUUGGCGCAUGCGAUCAGUGCGCUGAGUGUGUUUGCGCUGGGUUAUCGACCCUUCAUCUACUUCUACGCACCAGUCUUCCUCCUCUACGAGCUCUCCUCGCCCUUUCUCAACAUCCACUGGUUCUGCGACAAGCUCAAGCUCACCGGCAGCAUCUACCAAGCCAUCAACGGCGCCUUCCUGACCUUCACCUUCUUCGCCUGCCGCAUCAUCUGGGGCAACAUCUCCUCCGUCUACGUCUUCCAGGACGUCUACAAGGGUGUCUUCCGCGGCAACACCACUCCUUUGUCGAAACCGCACCACCUUGCCGACGUACCCGUGUCGAGCUACACCGCGAAAGAUCUGUUGGCGAUAUACAACGAUGAGCAGGGUCAGCGAUUCGCGUUCGCGGGACAGGAGAGGUUCAUCCCAUUGUGGUUGGGAGCGAUCUACCUGGCUUCGAAUAUCGUGUUGAACAGCUUGAAUAUCUGGUGGUUUGGAAAGAUGGUGCAGACGAUUAGGAGUCGAUUCGCUCCGCCUUUUGGAACCAAGGGACAAGCGAAGGAGGUGCACUACGAGCCGAAGGAGAGGGUCAGGAUGCAGGGAAGUCCACGACAGUCGGAGGAUGAGAUCAAGGUGCAUAAAGUUGUGGAGGCGGAUGGCUCGAGAGGGAUCGAGAUGGAAGGACAGCGGACGCUGAGGACGAGACGGAAGGCUUGAUUGUCAUGAGGAUACUGUGAUGAGAGGGACUGAAGGGAGAGGAAUACAUUGGGGAGGCUAUCAUUGCUUUGGUAUGCUCGC